CUCUUCCACCGUCACCACCUUUGCUACACUCUGCUUGAGAAUCGCACCUGCGGGUGUUAAUAGUGUUUCGCUUCUUCCCUGGUAGGCUCCUUCUCUCGAGAAGCUGCGCCCUUCGUUACCGUAAUCUUUUUUUUGCGUCUGGUCCGUACCAGACUGCCCCUCGCUCAUCUCACCUUUCCGCGUUAUUUGCUUCAAUCCCACCACUUCUCGGUAAUUCCUUUGCUCCAAUAAUCAUUCAAAAUGGCUCAGUUCAAGGCUGCAUUCCUCUGCCUUGUCGCGCUGUUUACCUCCUACGCCUUCGCCGUGGCUCCUCUGGUUGUCAAGGGAUCCGACUUUGUCAACAGCAUUGAUGACGCUCGCUUCCAGAUCAUCGGUGUUGCAUAUCAGCCCGGCGGUUCUUCUGGCUUUGACCCGGGCUCUGGCAUUGAUCCAUUGAGUGACGCCUCGGUCUGCCUCCGAGAUGCUGUCCUCAUGCAGAGAUUGGGUGUCAAUGCAAUCAGAGUCUACAACCUUGACCCAGAUUUGGACCAUUCUGCUUGUGCCUCUAUCUUCAAUGCUGCCGGUAUCUACAUGAUCCUCGAUGUCAACAGCCCGCUGCCGAACCAAUCUCUGAACCGCGGUGCGCCCUGGGAAUCUUACAGCUCGGAUUAUCUGGAGCGUGUCUUCAAGGUGGUUGAAGGUUUCAUGAACUUCAACAACACAUUGGGCUUCUUCAGUGGAAACGAGGUCAUCAACGAAGAUUCGGUCCCACAAGUACCCGCCUACAUCAGAGCGGUCACAAGAGAUGUCAAGGACUACAUUGCUGCUCAAGCCCCCAGAUCAAUUCCUGUGGGUUACUCGGCGGCCGAUGUUCGUCCAUUGUUGAUGGGCACCUUCAACUACAUGUCCUGUGAGCUGUCCAACGACACCAGUUCCAAGAUUGACUUCUUCGGCCUAAACUCGUACUCUUGGUGCGGUGAUGCGACUUUCGAAUCUUCCGGCUACGAUGUCUUGGUCGCUGAUUUCGGCAACACUACCAUCCCCAUCUUCUUCUCUGAAUAUGGUUGCAACAACGUCUCCCCGAGAACAUUCACCGAAGUCCCGGCUUUGUACGGCAAGGAAAUGACUUCGGUCUUUUCUGGUGGGUUGAUCUACGAGUACAGCGAAGAACCAAACAAUUACGGCUUGGUCAACCUGAACGACAAUGGCACUGUCUCACUGCUCGUCGAUUAUGACAAUCUUCGCACUCAGUAUGACUCCCUGGAUAUCGGCUUACUGGAGAAGGCCAAUGCCACUGCCACCUCCUUGACACCACCAUCAUGUGCCGUUAAUCUGCUCAGCGGAACCAACUUUACCAUGAGUUUCAAUCUUCCCGAUCGUCCUAAUGGUGUUGACGCUCUUAUCAAGAAUGGUGUAUCCGGGAACUCUUCAGACAGCACCAAUGCUGUCACCAACACCAAGCCAUCUCAGACCGUCUAUGCCACCAACGGCCAGGAGAUCAGUGGCCUGCAAUUGACCGUCUUGGAUUGGGAUCAGAGCAACCUGCCGGGUAAUAAUACUAGUGGCACAACCCCGUCAUCGCCAUCAUCCACCACCAGUGGUAGCUCACCAUCCAAUACCAACACUGCUGCCAAGGUUGACGACAUCAAGUUUGGAGCUCUGCUCAUGGGUGCGUUGGGUGUUGGCAUCUACAUGCAGUUGUGAUCUUGUGCAGCAGGAGUGGUUGCAAGUUUCGAUUGUUGCGCCCUAUGUCGGCAUAUUCGAACCCGGAUCUUCGUUCCUUUCGACCUUCGGCAAGCAUGGCAUAGUUCGGUUCACUUCGAUGGACAUAUUAGUGUACGGCUUUGCAGGUCGAAGUCAUUAGAGACAUAGACAUGCUAAUGACUAGAUGAAUAAGGGGAAGUUCAAAACAAGGCCUUUGAUGUCUCAAAAGUGUGUUGUCCUGUGCUGCCAGUACUCGUAUUUGUCGGCAUGAUGUAUUGACGUGGGUGUGUUAUACCAAAAUGCCUACUGUGUAGGUACCUGGGUAGGUACAGUAUCUUCUCGAGACCUGGAGCAGCUACGAGCCAGGGACCUUGCAGAAUUUCAGCUGGUCUCUCACACAAGCC